UCCAUACAUACAUCUAAAUAUGCGCAUUUAUAAUAUUAGUAAGAUAAUGCUCUAUAUAAACAGAGCUAUCAAUGUCACCGCUGGCUCUCGUGUCUGCGCGCACCAUCUGUCACCACCGCCGCGGGUGCAAUGGAGACACGGAGGUAGCUAGGGCGAGGGCGAUGGCCACGGCGCUCGUUGUGUUGCUGACGGUGGCGGUGGCGGCGGCGUCCCCCGCACCCUCCACGCUCCUUUUAGACUCCACAACGCUCGCAGAAGAUGUGACGUAUGAAGUGACCGCGACCACACUCAUACCUGAGAAUGACACUGUUGUGGAAAUAUCCACCAUCGUCGCGGACGAUGACAUUGGAAGUGCAAGUGUGUCGCAGGCGGGCCAGGCGGGGCAGGCGGGCGACGGAGAGUGGCGCUGCCCCCACGGCUGCGACUGCGCCGCGCUGGUCGAGGGCACCAGCUACAACUGCUCGCUGCCCAGCGGCGUGCUCGCCUUCGACGAGUACGGCGACGGCAUCACCUUUAAAUGCCAGAGCGGAGUGUUCCGGUGCGCGGAGGUGCCGCCGGCUGCGAGUGCGGGGCGGCGGGCGGGGCGGGGCGCGCUGCGGGCGGCGCUGGGCAGCGUGACCCUGCGCGGCUGCGAGCUGCCCGCGGAGCCGGUCACGUGCGCGCUGACCCGCCGCGGCGCGCGCACCACCGCCAAGCUCAUCGUGCAGGCGCCGCGCACCCCGCUCGACCCGGUGCACCUCCGGGGCCUCGAAAACCUAGAAAUGUUACGCAUCACCGAUCUAGAGGGCGCGCGGUCGGAGCUACCGCUGCGGGCGCUGGGCGCGGUGCCGCGACUGCGCCAGCUGACGAUGAACGAGGCGCAGCUGGAGCUGAAGACGCCGCUGCCCGCGCUGCCGCUGCUGGCGCUGGAGCUGGCGACGGACGCGCUGACGGCGCUGCCUCCCCGCGCCUUCCGCGCGCUGCCGAGCCUGCGCCGGCUGGGGCUGUGGGACAACGCCCUCGCUGACUUGCCCGAGGAUACCUUCGAAGAGGAUACACUCGACAUGAACAGAUAG